AGAAACCCAUCAAAAAUAGUGAGCUUUGUUCUUUGCUUCCGCUUCGAUUUCCAUUUUGAUCCCCAAUUGUUCACCCAUUACUUGAAUUCCCUUCCGUUUUCUUUCUUCUUUGUUUCUUCUGUUUAUUAUCAUUAUUUUUUUCUGGGUUUUGGUUUUGUCAUCUCUUUGUUUAGUUAUUUGCAGGUAAAAAAAGAGAGAAAAAAUCCAGAUGGGAAAAUCUUCUUCUUCUCGGAAGAAAAAACGCUCCAAGGCUUCCUCUCAGGCUAGAAAGAGGAAGAGGAGUAAGAUUAGGAGUAGAAAACACGAAUCGAAGAAGCUUCGCCGUCGUUUUUCAGAUGAUGAUACAUCAGGUUCAUCUUCUUACUCUUCUAGUUCUGAGGAUGAAAACCAUAGAGGUAAAAGUUCUCGAAUUCGUGCCCGAAAGGAUGUUAAAAGUAGUAAGAAGAAGGGUAGGAAACAGUAUUAUAGCAGCAAAAGUAGCGGGGAUUCUCCCCGUGCGAGGAAGAGAAAAGGGUCAAAGAGAAAACGUUAUUAUGAGAAUAAGAACAAAGCCUAUUCAAAGAAGAAGUGUAGGAGAGAUUAUAGCACGAGUUCUACAAGUAGCAGGUCUUGGAGCUGCUCAACUUGUCAAGGUGAUGGUAGCAGCAGUCAUGAAGUUGAAUUUGAGAGGCACCGGAGCAACUGUGGAAAAGAAGAGAGAGAUGAAAUAAUUCUCGACGAGGUUGAAAGUCCAUCUAAAAGGGGUAGAUAUAGGUCAAGGAGUCCUUCGCGCGGUCAAUUUAGUGAAUGUAGUACUCAUCAAAGUGAGGAGAAUGUCUUUGUUGUCAACAAGUCAAGACGGUUGAGAUCGGUUAUUAUUGUUGCGGAAAGGGAUAAUGGAGAUAUGGAACUAAGUAAAGAUGGAGAUAAAGAAGAGAUUAUACAUAUUCAUGGUGAUUACCCUCCCUGUAGAAGCAAUGAUAGCAAUGAUGUGGGGAACAAGUGGGGAGAAGGUGAUCUCUCUUCACAUGAUGAGGUAGAGAAAAUGAGGUUAGAGAAUGAAAACGGUGAUGACACUGCCGUCUCAGACUUGAGAUGCAACGAACAUGUGAAGAGUGGCAAUGAUUCCAUCGCUGAUGAUGGGAGCCGAUUUGAUGAAAGUAACCAUAGCUUUGAUGAACGUGCGACUACGAAUACUGUGAAUGACUUGGAGUCAGUUUUAAGACAGAGGGCUUUGGAAAAUCUAAGAAGGUUUCGGGGAGGGCUGCAAACCAGAGGAAAAACUACUGUUAACCAGAACAAUAAGAGUGAGGGGGGUGUGAAGGAGUCCUCUAUUCCAAAUGCGGAACCAGUUCAAACUGGGUCCAAUGUGGAGGAUGAUACUAGAGUUGUUGGUGCUAAUUUUUCAAGAGAGGAUGGUGCGGAAGUGGCUGUUUCAACUGAAACCCAAUCAGGAAAAGGGGUCCGGGUUCCUUUAACAAGGAAAGAUACCACCUCUUCUUCCCACAUUGACGAAAACAUGACAGACAAGAAUACUCGUGGCAAUGAAUCUGUGCCUGCAAAGCAGAAUGUUGCUUGUUCAACACGUCAGACAACUCUUUGUGGAAACUCUGAAGAAAAAGUCAUUGCCGGUACUUCUGCAGUGCAACCAACAUUGACCACACCGGUGUUGACAUGUCAAUUGUCAAAAACUUGUUCAACUCCAACGCAAGCACCGGAACGUGAGGAACCUCGGGCAAACUUGUUGCUUACCAAGAGUAGUUUAGAUGAGACCUCAGCUGUAACUGCCCCACCUGCGACCCAGAAUAGUGAUAAUAAUAAUAGUACAGACGUCAAUAAUGCAUGUAGCUCCGCUGCUUCCGAGUCUCCUUCGCUUAAAUGCACAUCCGUAGAGACUAGGGCUGAUAAACUGCAAGAUGAAGCUCAUGAAGGGUCUCAGUUUGAGCAGAAAACUAUGUCUGUUAUGCGGGGUGGAGAAAUAGUUAAGGUGAGCUACAAAGUCUACAUUCCAAAAGCUCCUGCUCUAGGAAGGAGGCUGCUCAAGCGGUGAUAUUCGAUCAACGAAUCUGUUGAACUAGGUGACACCUGGUGAAAGCUCUUUCGACUGGAGACGACUGGUGAAGUCUUUGCUGUGCUAUGUUAAAAGCGAUAAUAACCACAGUAAUUAUAAGACUAAUAUGCAUCUGCUGUAAACUUUUGCCUUAACAAAGUGGGUAAGGAACUUUUUGAAACUAUUUUAACCAGCUUGUUCACGUGGUAUCUGAAUUCCGAAGCCUUGUGGAUAGAAGUCCUCUCAUGGUUUUAGUAUAUUUUUGUGGAUGACCGAAAGCUUGAUCAUGGAUUGUUUGUCUUGAUCAUUUAGUAGUGAGAAUUACCAAUUUUAUAUACAAGUUCCUUUAAGAUAUUAUCCA